UGGAGAGCGUGCGCCCAGGCGGGAAGGCCAGGCUACCCCGGGACUGGGGCUCGACUCAGAACACGCGGGCGCUCGGCCCCUCAGCACCGCUUGAACUGGGUCCUUCCAGACAUCUUGUGCCAUGGGACAGAGACAGCCUCCCAUCUCUGAAGCUUUCUGCCCACUUUGCUGUGGUGACCAUGAGAUUGACAGGGAGCGCUGCACACAGCAGGAGGGGUGGCUGCGCAAUGCAAAGCCUGGAAUCCCCUGAGCAAGCAGUGUUUCAGCUGGCUGGACAGAUCAAAUAACACUUGGGCUGGUUAACAAAAGACACACAAGUGGGAAGGUGUUGGAAGCCCGAGUGUGGAAAUUUACCCAACGUUUUCUUUGACAGAGGAGACUCGGUCUGCAAGAUGCCACGUUCCUGCAGCCUCUCUGAGUCGAGCAAAACACAGUUUCUUUCUCGGUGAUGUGGAUGAAGGGGUGACAGGAUGUGCCUCCAUCUGAAGCCUCCAGAGGACCCCGGCCUGACAGCUGAGCUCCCCUCGGACUCGGGACUUCAGGUGUACCUUGGUGGAGAGCUCAUGAAAGGUGCUUGGGUUUCUCCAGCUUUCUUCACCGAUGCUCACCAGGCUGGUUUGGGUUGCAGAAUCUAAGGUGAGCUGAUAACAAGGGGAGCUGGCAGAGGUAAAAAGAAGCCCCUAGAAGCCUCCAGAAUCCGUUAUUGGGAUCCCUUCAUUCUGCUCAGGACACAGAGAGCAGCUACCAAGCUGCCAGAGGCUGUGAUACAACUGAGUUUGGACCAUCGUCAGUAAGGGAACAGCUCAGCAGCAGCUCCUCAUUUCAGCCAGAGGGAACAUCUUUUAACAAAAGGAUUUAAAGGGGAGACUUUCUGCACCUUUUCUUUGUGGUCCAUUAGGAUAGAAAACUUGAUGCUCACAUAGAUAAUGAGACUGGUUUUUCUUUCCAAGAUGCUAUCUUUGAAAGAAGCAUGAGCUAUUCUAAGUGUGGAGGAGGACUUGGGAUAUGCAAGAGUUGGUGGACAGCCCUCCCCAUGCAGGUUAAGAAAACAGUGUGAGCUCCAACUUCUGCAGCUCAGCCAGCAUGGACGUGUGCCACUCUUGUCUCCAGAGAGCUGGUGACAGUGACAUCACCAUGAGAAAAAGCAUCCCUCAGCUUUGGAACUUGACAGAAUGAGGUGUGCUAGAGAGGCCACUAGCUGGGACUCGGCCUUUCCCAACUGCCCUUUCGUCACACGGGCAGCCCCUGACCACCACUGACCCAACCAUGGCCAAAAAGGGCGACUGCAUCGCCAGUGUCUACGGGUAUGACCUCGGUGGGCGCUUUGUUGACUUCCAACCCUUGGGCUUUGGCGUCAAUGGGCUGGUGCUGUCGGCCAUGGACAGCAGAGCCUGCCGGAAGGUGGCUGUGAAGAAGCUCACUCUGAGUGACGCCCGCAGCAUGAAGCAUGCGCUCCGGGAGGUCAAGAUCAUCCGGCGCCUGGACCACGACAACAUCGUGAAGGUGUACGAGGUGCUGGGGCCCAAGGGUGCCGACCUGCAGGGCGAGCUGUUCAAGUUCAGCGUGGCCUACAUCGUCCAGGAGUACAUGGAGACCGACCUGGCCCGGCUGCUGGAGCAGGGCACACUGACCGAGGAGCAUGCCAAGCUGUUCAUGUACCAGCUGCUCCGUGGGCUCAAGUAUAUCCACUCAGCCAACGUGCUGCACAGGGACCUGAAGCCCGCCAACAUCUUCAUCAGCACGGAGGACCUUGUCCUCAAGAUCGGGGACUUCGGGUUGGCGAGGAUCGUAGACCAGCAUUAUUCUCACAAGGGUUAUUUGUCAGAAGGCUUGGUCACGAAGUGGUACCGCUCACCGCGUCUGCUCCUCUCGCCUAACAACUACACCAAAGCCAUCGACAUGUGGGCUGCCGGCUGCAUCCUGGCCGAGAUGCUCACAGGGAGAAUGCUCUUUGCAGGGGCUCACGAGCUGGAGCAAAUGCAGCUCAUCCUGGACACCAUCCCUGUGAUCCGGGAGGAGGACAAGGACGAGCUGCUCAAGGUGAUGCCUUCCUUCAUCAACAGCACCUGGGAGGUGAAGAGGCCACUGCGCAAGCUGCUCCCCGAGGUGAACAGUGAAGCCAUCGACUUUCUGGAGAAGAUCUUGACCUUUAACCCCAUGGAUCGCCUAACAGCCGAGAUGGGGCUGCAGCACCCCUACAUGAGCCCCUACUCGUGCCCCGAGGAUGAGCCCACCUCGCAGCACCCCUUCCGCAUCGAGGAUGAGAUUGACGACAUCCUGCUGAUGGCCGCCAACCAGAGCCAGCUCUCUAACUGGGACAGGUACCCUGUGAGCCUGUCAUCAGACCUCGAGUGGCGGCCAGACAGGUGCCAGGACGCGAACGAGGUGCAGCGCGACCCACGCGCGGGCUCGGCGCCACUGGCGGAGGACGUGCAGGUGGACCCGCGCAAGGACUCACAGAGCAGCUCCGAGCGCUUCUUGGAGCAGUCGCACUCGUCCAUGGAGCGCGCCUUCGAGGCCGACUACGGACACUCCUGCGACUACAAGGUGGGGUCCCCGUCCUACCUGGACAAGCUGCUGUGGCGCGACAACAAGCCGCACCACUACUCAGAGCCCAAGCUCAUCCUGGACCUGUCGCACUGGAAGCAGGCUGCUGGCGCGCCCCCCACCGCCGCGGUGGCUUCGGACGCCGGAGCGCGCGAGGACGAGCCCGCCAGCCUCUUCCUGGAGAUCGCGCAGUGGGUCAAGAGCACGCAGGGCGGCCCCGAGCGCACCAGCCCACCCCUCCAGGGUCCUGAGCGCGGCCUGUCUGCCUCUCCGCCCCGCCGUCCAGCCCCUAUCGACGGAGGCGCAAGCCCCCAGUUCGACCUGGAUGUGUUCAUCUCCCGCGCCCUGAAGCUCUGCACCAAGCCUGAGGAUCUGCCAGAAAAUAAACUGGGCGACCUCAAUGGCACGUGCAUCUCCGAGCACCCUGGCGAUCUCGUGCAGACGGAGGCCUUCUCCAAAGAAAGGUGGUGACAGUGUAGGGAGCACUCCAACAACCCCACCACCACCACCACCACCACCAUCAUCACCACCACCCACCAGCGGGAGGUCACCCGAGAAAGCCAGGCCCGGCAGCAGGAGGCCGCCUCCCUGGCACCUCCAUCCACCCCAUGCACCCCUCUCUGCUACCUGGGGGUUAGCAGAACGCAGGAAGGAUCCGAGGAAUGAGAGGAAUGUCCAUUUCUUAAACUGCCUUAAUAAUUAGCCUUUAAUCUCUGGGAGCGGGUUUAAACAGGAGCCUAGUUUGAGGUUUGAUCACUUUCCCAGCCAAGAGGAGGCGCUCGCGUGUUAUAAGUGGUGGCGUGCAGGAAAGAAACGUGUCGUAGACAGCGGUCUGCAGGCCCUGCCUGUGCGGCUGGGUGCAGAGGAAUCUUGCAGGCGUCGUGUUGAAACCAUCUGGCUCAACUAGCGCCAAUUGACAGAUGAGGAAGGACAGUGAGGCCCAGAGAAACAAAGUCUAGCCAGUGUCAGGGCUAGAAUCCCAGGCACUCGGCCCCCAGGCCAGUGUCUGUGUACUAUAUAAUGUCUUCCUCUGCUGGGAUCAUAACUGGCUUUUCAGUCAGAAAACUUAGUCCAAGAUAUGUCUUCUGUGGCCAUCACUAUCUGGCCCAUUCGAUGUCCCUUUAUUCAGAGAAAUGUUUUUUGGAUUCCCAAAUUGGAAACUGAGCCAGUUUCUUUCCCCUAGUCACCAAGCAUAUUUCUUCCUGGCUCCUCAAGUGCAUAAAUAUUCUCAUUUGCGUUGCCCCUGUAUUUGCCUCACUCCUGCAUGGUCUGAAAUCUUGGCUUCAGAUCAGACCAAUUUGAGGUCUGUGGGUAACAUAACCCAUUCUCCCAGGCUUGUGCCCAUAUCUCUUCCAAAACUCCCUAUGCACUUUUCCUGACACAUGCGCAGACGCAGACACCGCCCUAGUUCCCAAGGGGGGUGUCAUACACGGGUAAGUUCGAAUACAGCCAUUCCGUGAAUCCCUCCAGCACCUCCCCAUCCCCUGCCCAAUGAGGAGCCCACCAUACAGCCCAUGGGGCCUAUCAGGCUCCAUUAGUACUGCCCUUGAUUUUGAUCAUCCUCUUAGCCCUGGCAAAGAGCAGGCCCUAAAGAGAUGUAUCAGAGAGCAAGUGGCUUAGGGAACAAGGAAUCCAGAAAGGUGGGAAGAUGUGAAAGAUGGGGUGCCAAUAUCGAGGGCCUUCAGGAGUCAGGCAGCAGCAUGGGGACCCCAUGGCAAAGGAAGGGACUCAAGGCAACCAUGCCCCUCCUAGUUUAGGCCAGGAUGAGCCUGGAGCGUGCACACCCAGAGGCCCGCCCACACAGAGCCUGGGGUAACGUGUGGGCACUGCAGCCCCCCUGCAGAAGUGUGAUCUAGUCCCCUGGAAUGCUGUGCUGUUUCCACCACUGGUGUUCAGCUCCACCCCCUCCCCUAGCACGCCCAAAGAUACCCACAGGAAGUCUAGCCACUCUAAGCGGAGGACCCCCAAUGUUCGUCUUGGCUAUGUUCACCCUCACCUCGACAGCACCUUAAAUCUAAUCAGCUAACUAGGAUUUGUACAUUGGAACCUGCAACACAUUAGAAACUUAUAUUUAAAAAACGGAAUUAAUCACACUGACCAAUUUUUAAAUGGAACAUAUGUAAAUAUGAAGUAUUUGGUUUUGGUUGUUUUCUUUUUUUAAAAAAAAAAGGAAAUAUAUACCACUCUUCAUGUGCCAUUUGUCCUCAGAGGGCAGCUUUACUUUUUUGGUAAAGGAACAAGCUGCUGACCUUGAUCAGAAGUUCAUAUAUAAUUAUUAUUACAAAGGAAUUGUUAUUGCUUCUCCUGUUUUAAAAAAUCUGGUAAGCGUUAUUCAACUUGAUCAGGACUGGCCAAAUAAAGUUUUAUUGGAACAUGGAUUCAUUUGUUCACUUAUGUAUUAUCUGAUCCUGCUUUCGCAGUGGUUGAUUCAUCAGAGCCUGACUGUCUUCUCCCUAUACCCAUAAAGGCCAGUGUUUUGAGGGGUUGCAGUUGGAGGGGAGGGGAGAGGAGAAUCUACACAGAUUGAUAAUCAGGGAAGUGAUUCCAGAAUCAUUUAGUUCAGGUCUGGUGUUUAUACUGUGGAUUUCAAACCCUAUCUAGUAGCCAAUGCUAAACCUUCUGACCAAGUUUCAACCUUUCCUCCAGUCAGUAUAAAAGGUACCAGUAUCACGAGAGUUGGGGUAGCCAACCACCCAAAAAUGCCUGAAAUCACAGAUGCCUGAGAUUUCACCCAUCUGAAGUUCAUCCUUUUGUAACUCCCUGUGUCAAAGCAUCAGCCUAAGCUUCAUUCAUUAUUCAAUAAAUAUAUAUAUAGACAAUGGA